GUCCGCUCUUAAAAGAUGGCGUCAUGAAAGGCUUCAGUCUUUUGCAGGCGAUGGGCAUGUUCUUGAAGGAUAACAUCAAAAUGCCACCCUGUGGCCCCUGUCCGAAUCCAGCCCGUAGCGUCAGUCGGAAUAUCAAUCGCGUCAUUGUUAAGGCAUCUAGAAUUCUUGAUAUUUUUCACUCUUAUUGAGCUGCUGGUGAACCAUCAAUUUAUUUACAAGGGCUUCAAGUUCAAGACCCACCGCCAGCCAAGGGCGUUGUAGUAAAUUUAGUUUAUCUCCUAGAACUAGAAGGCAGUUGUGAAUUACUUGUGAACUUAAUAUGGUUAAGUAUGCUCUACAAUGUCGGCGCUCACCAGUGAAGAUGCUCGACUUCUCCUUGUCGUGGUAACAUGCUCUACUUCUACUUCUAAAUUCCAGACGGAAGCAGUCCGGUCCGAACUGCUUAUCCCGGCAGACGCCACUGGGUUAAAACUGGGAUCUACCACAGGAAUGAUGAACAUCAACUGGCCACCAGAAUCUUCGAUGAAAACACUAUAUGGGAUUGCAUGAAAAAGACGCUGUACGGAAUUCGAAGAUGCGAUAAAGACCCUGUUGUACAAUGGUGAAUCCGAACAUCAGCUUUAGCAUUCUUGUUUCUUUGUCUUUCGUCGUGCUUGGUAUAUCGUUGAAAAAUUGUUUUUCCAGUAGUUCGAAAAAUCAGAUGUCCGCCGGAGAUAUUUUACAUGAUUAUAAGUACUCCAUCAACAAUAACAAUUUGUAGUCCUACUUCCGCUGGAAAACUUUCCAAGCGAAGAUGAAAGAUUAAGUGUCUGCAUUUGCCGUGAGGUUUGGAGUUGCUAAUGUGCUUGACCUUACUGUCUACCACAGAU